AAAAUUACCUAAUUAAAUCUCGACCGCUCCUCCCUACACCAGUUAAUUAAAAGAGAAAUAAUAGCUGUUGAAUUUCUUUGAAGUGAGUAUCACAGUACCACAGUAGUUCAACAUCAGAUGCAAAUACAUAAGUAGAACAAUAUGUUUUCUAUUGGUGAAUUUUUUCUGCACGUUUUAACACGUAUUUUAAGAAGUGGAAGAAUACCUCAGCAUAUUGCUUUUGUUCCGGAUAACAAUCGUACCUUUGCAAAGAAAACAAAUGCUGAUCUCUUAUCAACGUAUAUAAAAGGGCAAAGAGUACUCUCCAAAUUAUUAAAAUGGUGCGUGAUUUUGAAAACAUCGUGCGUCACCAUUUAUUUACUCAGCACGCAUAAUUUGAAGAGGAAUAAUUACGAGAAACAAUGUAUUUUCGACGCCAUUAACAUAUUUCUUCAUAAAUUAUUAAUUCAGCCAUUUCUUUUUUUUUUCAGAAUGAACUGCAGAAUCAAAAUAGUAGGAGAUGUUUCUGUGCUUCCGCAUGAAUUAAAAGAAUUAUGUACCUUAUUAUCAAGCCAGACGAAAGAUAACAAUGGUAUUUUGGUGAACGUAGCACUUAAUUACUCGGGAAAAGAAGAACUGAUAGACGUUUCAUGUAAAAUUUUCCAGAAAUUUUACCAAUUUGAAUUAAAAUUGAACGACAUGGACGAAAAUUUAUUCAGCGAUUUAGUUCAUACGAGGCCUUUUUCAGAUGUUGAUUUGAUGAUUCGAACAACAGUAGGUAAACGAUUAAGCGAAUUUCUUCUCUGGCAGAAUGCAUCGAGUUUUUUACAUUUCAUCGAUAUUUGUUGGCCUGAAAUUACAGAAUGGCAUUUACUAAGAGCAGUAUUCUAUUAUCAAUGCCACAAAUAAGAAUUUUAAAAUGCACUCGUUUAACAACACCUGUAAUGGGCUAAAAACAUAACACUGCAAGUUGUACUUCACCCACAUAUGUUAAUCCUCCUGCUGUUUGAUGUUAAUUUUACAAGCAAAAUUUUCAUAUAAAAUGAAAUCCAGCGGAAUAUUUACUAAUAAUGAAAUAAAAGUACGGUCGAAGUCGGUAAGUAAUUUUUCAAACAUUCAAGUGUCGUUCGGAGUAAAUUUUACAAGAACGUGUUCGUUUUUUAGAUCGCUCAAAUAUCUCAAAAUGAUGCGUUUAGGUGAAAAUAGAAACGCGUGCGUUUGUAUUGCUUUAUUCGUAAUUUGUCACCUCUCGUACGUGAGAUCAUUGAACAUAAAAGCACAGCCAUAUUCGGUAAUUAACAUGGAAGAUGAU